UAUGCAACUAACAAUUCACAUUCUUUUAAAUCAAAAUUGUUGAACUUUGUUGGCUAAUAUCGUAAUAAAAAUGCAACAGUCUGAGUGUUAUUGUUAAAAAAAAUUUCUGGUGCCCGAUUGUUAUCAAUUUCAACGAUUAAAAAUCAAUUUCGAGAUUUCUUGAAAUGUUAGGAAUUUAUUUAUGUUUCCGAUAGCAAGAUUAACUAAAUUUUCUGUAGGAUUACGUUAUCGUUUUCGAGAAACAAGUUAUUUGCUCAAAAUAAAUCCAAUUCUUUUUUGUUUAUGUCAUAAUAAUGAUUCACUAUCACUUUGGUCUCCUGUUAUCAGACUGAUUGAUAAGAUAUUUCGAUACAAGUGUAAUUUAUUUUGUAGUAAUAGCCGCCCAACUGAAGCCACCACGAAGCCAAAAUGGACUCCCCUACUCCGCAAAAAAUCAACGUGAGAAACAUAAUUUCGAUUUUUGAAAACCAAUCAGUGCAUAACGUAAACAACGAAUCGAAUUUUUUGAUCCGUAAAACCAAAUCAGUGGGGAACUUGAGUCACACAGCGCGAGUAAAAGCGACUCCGGUUCGGUCCGAACCGGAGAAAAAUCUGGAGUUGGUCCAAAUCGAGCAACAGAUCGAGCAUUUGCGGAAUAAAUUGGGCCACAACUACCACACUUACGUGCGAGAGACGCACGUUUAUUACCAGAACCAGAUUGUUUUCCUUUUGGGCGAUUUAUGCAACAUUGAGACUGGAAAUAGUAAAAAACUGGGCGACUUGAAAUCCGAAUUGGGCGAGUCCUUGAAACAGAUCAACAAAAAACUGAACGCCCUUCUCCCUAGCACUAGUAACACGACUAGUGCUAGCCACACAAAUGGGGUCAUUAAGUCGAAGUCGGUCGAGGAAAGGCCCGAAAAAAUGCGGGUCCAAAGGUCCAAAAGCGAGCACUUUGAGGCCGAGGAUUCGGCCGUUUCCGUCAAAUCGCUCAAAGAAAUGUUUGAGAAAAAUACAAAAAAUGAGGGUAAUAAUAAUAAAGUGGUUGUAAAACGGGCUAACACCUAUAGUGGGGAAAGCGAUUUUAAAUACGUUCCGUACAGCGAGAAAUUGAAGAAGGAAAAUUCGCUUGAUAUUGAGGAGGAAAAUUUUAAGGAGCUGGAAAAUGGGGCGAAAUCGGAGGAAAUUUCAAGCGAUUCUUUGUCAGGGACUGAGGUGAGCGAUGAGGACAGCGACGAUGAAAAUUAACGAGUUUAUUAAUCAAUAAAUAAAUAAACAAUAA